CCGUUUGGUGAAUUGGUUGAAUUUAUAGAAAAUGGAAAGGCAAAAAAUCCAAGACUAUGCGUAAACAAGUACGGAACUAGUUCUUGAAGGGCCGCGCAUUUUAACGGAUUAUUCAAACAAUUACCAGGCAGCUGUUACAUCAUCAAUUGGUUUCGAGUUCUGUGAGGGAAGCCACGAUUAUCAUUGAUUUGAUUGGAAAAUUACCGAUUACAUUAUAAAAGCGUUCAGUGUGACGACACAUACAUUCUCAUCAUCAUGAUUCCUGGAAAUGUGACGAAUCCGUUUGACCACGUACUUGAACCUUUGGACCCAGAAAUCCCAGGGCAUCAAUUUUACAAUCUGACCAAACUUGGAGAUCCCAGAUAUGACCGUCUACCCUUCUCUAUCAGAGUCCUUCUUGAGUCUGCAAUCAGGAACUGCGAUGGGUUUUUAGUGAAGUGCUCGGAUGUGGAGAGUAUAUUUAACUGGAAGCAAACCCAGACACAAAGAGUUGAGGUUCCUUUCAAGCCGUCUCGUGUCAUACUACAGGACUUCACGGGUGUUCCUGCUGUUGUGGACUUAGCUGCCAUGCGUGAUGCUGUAAAGAAACUAGGUGGGGAUCCUGAGAAGAUAAAUCCAGUUUGUCCUGUUGACCUUGUCAUCGACCAUUCCAUCCAAGUGGACUUUAAUAGAAUGUCUGAUAGUCUUGAGAAAAACGAGAAUUUAGAGUUUGAUCGCAACAAGGAGAGAUUUGAAUUUUUGAAGUGGGGCUCAAAAGCAUUCCAGAAUAUGCGGAUAAUUCCCCCCGGCUCCGGAAUCGUUCAUCAGGUCAAUCUGGAGUACCUGGCCCAUGUGGUAUUUAACCACGAUGACCUCUUUUAUCCUGACAGCCUUGUAGGCACAGAUUCCCACACCACCAUGAUUGAUGGCCUUGGUGUUUUGGGAUGGGGUGUUGGUGGAAUUGAAGCAGAGGCUGUGAUGCUUGGGCAGCCUAUCAGUAUGGUUCUCCCAGAAGUGGUGGGAUACAAGUUGUAUGGCACACCUGAUAAGUUGAUCACGUCCACUGACAUUGUCCUCACUAUUACCAAGCACCUGCGCCAGUUUGGUGUUGUUGGAAAGUUUGUAGAAUUCUUUGGCCCAGGUGUGACUCAGUUAUCCAUUGCUGAUCGAGCUACUAUUGCCAACAUGUGUCCUGAAUAUGGAGCCACAGCAGCCUUUUUCCCUGUCGAUAGCAUCAGUAUCCAAUACCUCCAACAAACUGGGCGGGAGGCAGAAAAGCUUUCUUACAUUGAAAAAUACCUGAGGUCUGUGAGGAUGUUCCGGGACUACACUAACACUGCCCAAGAUCCUGAUUUCACUCAGGUUGUGGAACUUGAUUUAAGCACAGUGGUUCCUUGCUGCAGUGGUCCUAAACGCCCCCAAGACAGAAUUCCAGUGGCCAACAUGAAAAUAGACUUUGAAAACUGUCUUGGAGCAAUGCAAGGCUUCAAAGGUUUCCAGGUGGCUCCUGGAAAUCACAAUGCAGAGGUGGAAUUCCUUUUUAAUGGAAACCAAUACAAGUUAAGUCAUGGCUCCGUAGUUAUAGCUGCCAUCACAAGCUGCACAAACACCAGCAACCCAUCUGUCAUGCUUGGAGCAGGACUUCUUGCUAAGAAGGCCGUUGCGCUGGGUAUGACUGUGAAGCCGUACAUAAAAACUAGCCUUUCACCUGGCAGUGGCGUGGUCACCUAUUACUUGAAAGAGAGCGGUGUAAUGGACUACCUACACCAGCUUGGCUUUGAGGUUGUUGGCUACGGCUGCAUGACCUGUAUUGGGAACAGUGGGCCACUGCCUGAGCCAGUUGUGGAAGCCAUCACACAGGGAGAUCUGGUGGCUGCAGGUGUUUUGUCAGGAAACAGGAACUUUGAGGGAAGAGUCCAUCCUAACACUCGAGCAAACUACCUUGCAUCUCCACCACUGGUCAUUGCCUAUGCCAUUGCUGGAACUGUUAGAAUUGACUUUGAGAAAGAACCAAUUGCCACCAAUCCUGAAGGCAAAGACAUCUUUCUACGUGAUAUCUGGCCAACACGAGAAGAGAUUCAGUCUGUGGAAAAAAAGUUUGUAGUUCCAUCCAUGUUUAAAGAGGUCUAUGAGAAAAUUGAGAAAGUGAAUGAACGCUGGAAUGCUCUGGAAUCUCCGUCAGACAAGUUGUAUGCCUGGGACCCAAAGUCAACUUACAUCAAGUCACCACCUUUCUUUGAUGCUUUGACCAGAGAGCUGCAUGUUCCAAACGCCAUCUGCAAUGCACAAGUUCUACUCAACUUUGGUGACUCUGUCACAACAGACCACAUUUCUCCUGCAGGAAACAUCGCCCGAAACAGUCCAGCGGCUCGUUAUUUAACCGAGAAAGGCUUAAGUCCCAGAGAGUUUAACUCCUAUGGCUCUCGUCGUGGUAAUGAUGCAGUAAUGGCGAGAGGAACUUUCGCCAACAUCCGCCUCUUCAACAAGUUUCUAAAAAGGCAGACCCCACAAACCAUUUACCUGCCCACAAAAGAAACGAUGGAUGUUUUCGAUGCUGCCAGCAGAUAUCAGCGGGAUGGAGUCCCUCUUUUAAUCUUGGCUGGUAAAGAGUAUGGCUCUGGGAGCUCAAGAGACUGGGCAGCAAAAGGACCAUUUUUACUCGGUGUGAAAGCAGUGCUGGCUGAAAGCUACGAGCGCAUCCAUCGCAGUAACUUGGUGGGAAUGGGAAUUAUUCCUCUGGAAUUUCUUCCAGGUGACACUGCAGACAGCUUGGGGAUAACUGGUGAAGAAUGUUUCACCAUUCACAUCCCGGAACAGCUGACACCGAGGAUGAUUGUGGACGUGAAGAUUAACACAGAAAGAACAAUUCAAGUACGGAUGAGAUUUGAUACAGAUGUGGAGUUGACUUAUUUCCAACAUGGAGGAAUCCUCAACUACAUGAUCCGCAUGAUGUCAGAAAAGUAAUGCUGAUAUAGAAUAAAUUUGCUCACAAAUGGUCAUCUUCCGACCUAAGACAGAUGCAAUCUAACUGUUUUGAAGAUCAUGAAUAAAUAAUGAACUCAAUAAUUUUUGGUUUAUGCUAGUAUGUUGAUUUUCCACUGAAUGCAAACCGAUGCUGAACUUGCAAAUGACCAAGUCGGGAAAGCUGUGUUCGUCUCAUCUUGUGACAUUCUUCACCCAAAGCUAGUGGCAAACAUAACCUCACAUCCAAGACCACUUUCUCGUAAAAGUGAACAGUGACUCAGUGAAGAGAUACUGACAGUUGAGAGUGUCAUGAGGUCACCACCUGAGACCAUACUAAAAAAGUGAAGAAAAAUGGCUGCCAAGAACAGUAUAUUAAAUCUCGGUCCACUGUGAUUUGCGUGGGCUACUCAAUCUUGCAUUCGAUGUGUUGUUUGAGCUGUGCACUCAGAUCUGUUUUGUCUCCAACACUUUCAACAAGUUCUUUUCUGAUCA